AUGACACAAGCUUACCUUCUCAUGAGAGCGAUGACAUCUGUCUCGUCAAUUGUUUUACGCCCGGAGUGUUCGGAGUACGUCGACAAAUCCCCGCUUGCUUGCUCAAAGAACCAGUCUGUGGCCUGCUGGAUGGCAGCCAUGGUGUCCUUGGUGAUUCUCGUUUUCUUGUUCCCGGACCUAGCAAAUCGCAUUGCCAGCUUCUUUACCACUCCUGCAGGCAGGCUUGGGACCGGGAUACCAUGUUUAGAGACCUUUUGUUUCUUCCGUGGUGGUUCAGGCUGGUCUUCCUGUUCCAUUUCCACCUCUUCCGCUUCUUGUUCUACGGGUUCUGGUGUCCCUCUGUUAGGUGACACGUCAUCCAUGGCUGGCUCAAAACCGCCCGUCCCGAAAUCGCUUCCUGACGGCGGACUAUCUGGACCCCCGAAUUCUGGCGGCACAGUUUCUAAUUCGAAUGUGUCCUGUUCAUUUUCAUUCUCAAUUGACACAGUAUGA